UUGGGGGAAAUGAUCUGCAUUUCGCAGGUGGAACUGCAAGUUAUUUGCUGGCGAUGAGUCCAAUCACAGCAUCUCAAGCUGAAACAGGAAAUACUCCAAACAAUGUCAAACAACUCCGCCUUGGAUGGAUGACUGCUUUCGUUUUUGCUGUCAGCUUCGUCGGCCUAUUCUCAAUCAUGCCGCUAAGAAGGGUGAUGAUUUUGAAAUACAAAUUGACAUAUCCAAGUGGGACUGCCACAGCCUACCUUAUCAACAGCUUCCACACUCCCAAAGGAGCCAAGCUAGCUAAGAAACAAGUGUGGGUUCUUUUCAAAGCCUUUGUUGGGAGCUUUUUGUGGGCUUUCUUCCAGUGGUUCUUCGCAGCUGCUGACGGCUGUGGCUUUAGCAGCUUCCCCACAUUCGGUCUCCAAGCCUACAACCGCAGAUUUUAUUUUGACUUCUCUUCUACAUACGUGGGUGUGGGGAUGAUAUGCCCUUACAUGGUUAACAUAUCACUGUUGAUCGGAGCCAUAAUAUCUUGGGGCAUUAUGUGGCCGGUGAUCGAGUCGAAGAAAGGCAAUUGGUACAGUGCGGACAUACCGGGAAACAGCCUUCAUGGCAUCCAAGGAUACAGAGUGUUUCUUGCUAUUGCAAUGAUUCUUGGUGACGGCCUUUUCCAAGUGGUGUACAUGGCUGUACUCACACUGAGUAGCUUCAUGCAGAAGCUAGUGAAUAGGGGCGAGUCAGAGGAUGAGAGAGAAGAAGGGGACUCGGCAGAGGACUACAACGAGAGUAGGCGAACCGAGUACUUCUUAAAGGACCAAAUCCCCAAUAGAGUAGCCAUAGGCGGAUACAUUUUGCUAGCUCUCAUCUCAAUAAUUGUGGUGCCGUACAUCUUCCCUCAGCUCAAGUGGUACCAAAUCCUAGUAGCUUACAUCAUAGCUCCGGUCCUCGCCUUCUGCAAUGCCUACGGCUGUGGCCUCACGGAUUGGUCCCUGGCCUCCAACUACGGGAAGCUUGCAAUCCUCGUGUUCAGCUCAUGGGUGGGGCUCCAGCAAGGGGGAGUUCUUGCAGGGCUAGCCUCAUGCGGAGUGAUGAUGAGCAUCGUCUCAACUGCCUCUGACCUGAUGCAGGAUUUCAAGACAGGGUACCUCACACUAUCCUCCCCUCGAUCCAUGUUCGUCAGCCAAGUCCUUGGCACUGCCAUGGGGUGUGUUCUCUCUCCACUGGUGUUCUGGUUCUUCUACAAGGCGUACAACGUAGGGGACCCGGAGGGCACGUUCCCAGCCCCCUACGCCUUGAUGUACCGAGGCAUUGCACUCUUGGGGGUGGAGGGCUUCUCGUCGCUCCCAGAGAACUGCUUGAUACUGGCGAUCGGGUGCUUCGUGGCAGCGGUGCUGAUCAACGUGCUGAUCGUGGUGCUGAGGAAGUGGGAGAGCAAGUAUAGGAUCUAUAGGAUUAUCCCCAGCCCUAUGUGCAUGGCCAUUCCUUUCUAUCUUGGGGGCUACUUUGCCAUUGACAUGUGCGUUGGGAGCUUGAUUCUCUUUGUGUGGCAGAUGAAUAACAAGCAGCAGGCAUCCGAGCUGUCGCCGGCCGUGGCAUCAGGGCUCAUCUGCGGUGACUCACUAUGGGGAAUUCCGGCGGCAAUAUUGGCCUUGGCCGGAGUAAGUCCGCCUAUUUGCAUGAAGUUUUUGGGGGCUGCGGCUAAUAAGCGGGUUGAUUCCAUAUUAGGCGGCUAAUCUUCAAAUAUGUAUAUAACGUAGGUAGUCGAUUACAGGUGAUUGAAAAAACACAUACUCGAUUAAUAAAAAAAAAUUAUGGGAGAUUUAAUAUAAACUUUGAA